UGAUGUGAAUAACGAGAAGAUUGUAAAGCUAUACCAUCUCUGCCUUUAUCCACAGCCACAAGGUGUGCUUCAACAUCUUUGCCUGAACCUCUGAAAGAUGGCGUGUUUGACAGUUACGGUGUCGUUUGGCUUCAGACCUAUACCAUGCUCUUCUUCUUCUUCUUAUCGUACCCGUGUUUCUUACGGCUCGGUUCGAUUCCCUCUACUGAACAAGACCAACUCAGUGGAGCUCAGUUCGUCAGCUAGCAUUUCUGCUCCAAUUCUUCAACAAAAGCUCUGCACCGUUACUCCUCCUCACCUUCUAAGGCUUCACACUCUCACCAUUGUAUCUCAUAAAGGCUACAAAAUGAAAACUCACAAGGCAUCGGCAAAGCGAUUUAGGGUGACGGGUCGAGGGAAAAUAGUGCGUAGGAGAGCUGGAAAGCAGCAUUUGCUCUACAAGAAGAAUACCAAGAGGAAAUUGCGACUCUCCAAAAUGAGCCAAGUUGACAGGGGUGAUUAUGACAAUGUUAUUGGAGCCAUGCCAUACUUGAAAGUAAACAGACUAGCUCAAUAGAUUUCACGUUUGCAAAUCUGAGUCUAAAGCCUAGCUCGUGACGUCUCCAAUAUGCUUUUACACCAUCUGAAAAUUGUUUUAUUUUUCAUAUGAAUUAAAGUAGUUUUUGCUGAUUGAGAUAUAAGUACCUCAUGAAAAUGGUGGUACGCCUUCCUGUAUCGUGUAACAAUUGGUAUUUAUUGUCAUCAUUGUAUUGUAACUUGUAUUUACUUUUUACCAUCUUCCAGUGUAGUUUGCAAUUGUUUGCAAGCUAUGGUGAAUUAUGUGAUCAUCAUAAUCUAUUCC